AUGUUUUCAUAAGACUCAAACCAGAGAUUGAAACAGCCAGUCAAGGAAUACUUUUUGGUGUACGGGAAGAAUGUCUGGAUCGAGGACUGAUCGUACAAGUAAAGGGAUUCCUCCCCUAUAGAUCGUCUUCCGAUCUUGUUAAUACAAUAGCAAAGUUUAUAAGAUGGAAAGGCAACACAGUACUUGGAUGGUAUGUGGCGCCAACUCCGGAUAUAGUGGACCGUCAUGACCCAACGCACAUAGCGUCAUCGUAUUUUCGCACUUUCCAUGCUGCAAUGUUGAAAGUAAUCACUGCUAAUUAUAUUCCAAACCAUACCGACUGCGACGUACCAGUAUUUGCUACCCAGCUUUCCCAAGAAUGUACCUCGCUUUUUCAACACCUAAUCGGUUUAAUAAUCCGUCCAAUCCUCUCAUAUAAUCGCUCUUCUCAUUUAUUUCAUCUUGCCUCGCCGUCGUCUCCUCUCUCGCCCUACACAUCUUCACACGCCGCACUCAAUUCCUCUAUACAUGCGAUCCAACCGUUAACGUCUGCCACUGCCGAAGCAUUUGUAUCAGCACCAACAUACGAGGAAGUGUUGGAAUUGAUGGGAAAACUAGACGAUGAUGUGGAAGACAUAGUGGACGUCGGAAUCGACAAAGAAUUGGAUGAAUUUUUGGAAAUAAGAGAGGAAACUGAAGAGGAACGAACGGAAAGUAGUAAUGGCAAUAGUAAUGGCAAUGACAACAGUAGUGUUAUUACUGGUGAUAAUGGAGAUAACGGUGUUUCUAGUGAUAAUAAUGGCAACGUCAAUGAUAAAUCAACUGUCUCUGAACUUGCCUCCCCAAUUCCUAAUCCAAGUCCAUUUACUUCUGAUGAUCCAACUGCGUCACAUUCAAAACAAACUCCAAUCGUUCACACGCCGUCUCCUCAACCUCAUCCUUAUUUGUCAUCACCAACGAGUACUUCUGAUAUGCAUUUAGACGCACAGCCGACAGCAAUUGGUUACGAUCUUAACCCAAGCGCAACGGGUCGCAGGCCUAGAAGUAGAAGAGCGAGCACGACCGAUAUGGACAGAAUGAAAUCGUCAAAGAAUGACUGGGGAAGAAAAGGAGAAGGUGUCAGUAAAGGGAAAAGGCAAAAAGAGGACAAUAAUAAUAUUGGGAGCAGUAAAAAGGCCAGAACAAAUCAUGGCGAUUGUGUGAUCCCUGUUCCUCUAACCAUAAUAUCCGGUCAAGGAUCGGAAUAUUUACAUAAUUCUUUUAUAGAGCAUAGUCUUUACACGUCACAAAUAUCACCCAUCGAUCUCUCGCCGCACGUGUCAUCUUUUUUCUCCUAUUAUUCACCAACAACUUUCCCUCGCACAAGUCCACCAACUUAUCCUAUUCCUCAUUCUCAUCAUUAUGAUCACUCUUACAUUUUUUCUCCGUCCUCUUCCCCAACUUCCAAUUUUCCUCCAACAACUUUACCUUCUGCCGUUUCCUCGGUCAACAUAAGCCCUCUUCAUCACCGUCUGCAUUCUACUCUUUCUGCAAUAACCUCACAUUUAACGACUCAUACUCAAGAAAAGAUACGGCUAUACGAGAAGUCAUGUCAAGAGUACGAAUUAUUAUUAGAGAUAUUAGAAGGCUUGGACGAGGCUGAAGACGAUUUUGAGAACGCGAGAGAGCAAGAAUCGAAGUUACGAAGCCAAUUGACUACGCCUACUGGGACGACUGAUAUCGUGAUGACAGAUGCAAACGAAAUUAUCGAUAAUGAGAAUAAUUCUUCAUUGCCGAGCAAACAUCCGUCUGACCACACUGCCUCUACGCCACCAAUAGAACUAAUCGAAAUCAUGGACGAAAAUGACAUGUCUACCAUCCACGUAAACCCAGGCACUUUACUUACAUCAUCUACCAGUCAUAUCAACGAUAAUAAUAAUAGUCAGCAAUCGAUCACCGAAGACAAACUUACAGAAUCGUCACCAGAAGACGGUGAAAUUGCUGACGAUAGCGAGUGUAAUGAGGAGAAGCAAGGUGUCGAUAAAGAAAUAGAAGAAACAAGGGGGCAGGCAGAGGAGAAAAUGCAAGCACAAAAAGAAAAGGAUGUUGAUAGAAAGGGAGAGAAAGAUUUAACUGAGGGAGAAAGAGACACUGAUAAAGAUGUGAAACGGGAGGAAGAGAAAGAAGAGGGAGAACAGAAUGAAACAGGAAUUACUGAAACGAAGCAGGACAAGGGGAAUAAAACCGGGAAUGUAAAAGUUAAAGAUGAAACGUCAGAAUGGGCUUGGGAUGAAGAGGAUAUUGGUUGA